UUUUUUUUUUUUUAUUAUUAUUAUUUUUGAAAAAAUUCAUAACUGUUUAGUGGACAUGAGGUUAAAUUAAAAGGAGAAAAAAUACAUACUCCCUAUAUUCAUGGGCAAUUUGUACAACCUUUCAAAGAACAUCAACAACAAAGACUAAAAAAGUUAAUUAACCCUGCCAAUAAAUCACCAUUUGCUACUGUUCAAGAAGCAUCGAUGGAUCAAGUUAACGAUGCUUUAAUGAGUGCAAAAGAAGCUAGUAGUGUCAAUAGCGAAUGGCAGAGUAAUCCUAAAUUACGUCGAGAUUGUUUAUUUGCAUUAGCUAAUGAACUUGAAAAGUAUGAUCAUGACAUGGCACAAGUUGAAUCCUUACAGACAGGCAAACCUCUUAAUGAUUCACUCUAUGAGGUUAGAGAUGUUAUCGAUUGUCUUCGUUAUUUCGCAGGAUAUUGUGAUAAAAUAUAUGGACAAUCUCAACAACUAGGAUAUACACAUCUAUUUACGAUUCGAGAACCUUUCGGGAUAGUUUCAUUAAUUACCUCCUUUAAUUAUCCCCUCCUGCUAACGAGCUGGAAGUUAGCGCCUGCAUUAGCUUCAGGAAAUUGUGCUAUAUUAAAACCAGCACCUCAAACACCCCUGUCUUCUUUAAUGUUAGCUCAUUUGGCCACAGAUUUGUUACCGCCUGGUGUCUUUAACGUAUUACCCGGUAGUGCAGAUGUAAGUCAGUAUUUGAUAGAUAAAACAGACAAGACAAGUUUCACCGGUUCCACUCGAGUAGGCCAAGAUAUCAUGCGUCGUACAGCCGAUUAUUUAAUGCCCUUAACAUUAGAAUGUGGUGGAAAGAAUGCGGUUAUCGUCUGUGAAGAUGCUGAUAUGACAAAAGCUGUACAACAUAUCGCUAUGGGAGCAUUUUCUAAUGCAGGACAAAAUUGUUGUGCUAUUUCACGAGUUUUAGUUGAACAUAGCAUCUAUGAUAGAUUCCUUCAUGAGCUUAAAGAGAACAUUCAAAACUCCUGGAAAGCGACAUUAGAUGUCAAAAAGGGAGAAGAAGAUAAAUAUAAUUUAUAUGGUCCCCUAAUCGAUGAACAACAGUAUACAAAUGUCUUGAAUAGUAUUCAAAGCUAUUUAUCAUCCCCUUUUAUAGUAGGUGAAAUCAAGUCAAAGACAGUGACUAGUGGUUAUUUCAUUCCACCUACCAUUUAUGCUCAUGUUCCCGAUAAUACCCCUAUAGCAGUUGAAGAAAUCUUUGGUCCAGUCUUGUGUAUUUUAAAGCCCUUUUAUAGUUUAAAUGAAGCAAUCGCAAGGGUGAAUCAGUCACGUUAUGGACUUGCCUCAGCUAUCUUUUCUAAAGAUAUAAAAAAGGUACAUAAAGCCAUAUCUGGUAUUAAAGCAGGUUAUGUGUGGGCAAAUACAUAUAAUAUUAUGCCACCAUCAUUACCAUUUGGUGGUAGAAAGUUAUCAGGAAUAGGUAAAGACUUGGGACUCUCUGCCUUGAACGAAUUUUCAUUUGAAAAGAGUGUAAUGAUGGACUUUUCUUAAUAUUUAAAUUUAACUCCUUUAUUUGUUAUUAAAAAUAGAAUCUAAUAAUAAUAAAAAGGCUUAUUGUCUAUUUCUUU